AUGUCCGUGCAGGUCUUUUGCAAUGUCUGCUUCUGCGAGCCCCGCAAGCCCACCCCACGGUUCAGCCUCACAAGCUGCGGCCACGUUGUCUGCGAGAUCUGCCUCCAGAAAGGCAAAAAAGAUGAAUGUUUGAUCUGUAGAAGUCCUUGUCGUACAUUAGUCCUUUCAAAACAGACAAGUCCUGAUAUUCAAUCACUAUUCAUGGGAAUAGAUACCUUAUGCAAAAAAUAUUCAAAAGAAAUAACACAGAUUUCAGAAUUUCAAGAAAAACAUCGUAAAAAUUUAUUAGCAUACCACAGACAAAAGACAGUAAAGUUGGAAGAAUCUCUCAAGAAAGUAACACAACAAAUGCAUCAGAUACAACGUAUGAAACCUCUUGAACAAACUACACAACUACCAUUUUCCAGUGCAAGCAGAAAUCCGCUUACUGUUCCUUCAAGAAACCAGAAUGGUUAUUCUUCAUGGUCUCUUCAUCCUAGUCAUCCUUCCACAUCUGAAAUAAUGGAUUCAAUGGAGAUUGAUCCUGUACCUUCACCAAUGAGGAAACCUGAGACACCGACUGGUCCAACAAGAUUAUCAUUAAUAACUCCACCGCAAGAUGGACGCAUGG